UCAAAAACGGCCAACAAAUAUAACAAAAAAAAAGUUUCCUUUUAGAUCACUUUUAUUGACGGGGAAGUAUGAGAAGCAGACGAAAGAAAGAAGGAAACAAAAGCCUCGAAAAAUUUGGGAGUCGCCAUUAUAGACCUUCUUGUUUCUUUAAAUUGAUGCUGUCUCCUUCUUCACAGUUCAAGAAGCUGAGGAUUCCGAAGAAUUUUGCAAGAAAACUCCGCAACGAAGAUUGUAAUGUAGCCAUCCUCAACGUUCCCACUGGUGAAACUCGAAAAGUGGAAUUAGUUGAAGAGGAAAACGAGCUAUGGUUUGGUAAUGGUUGGCAGGAAUUUGUGGAGUAUUUUUCCAUAGGCUUUGCAUACUUUCUAGUGUUCAAAUAUCAAGGAAAUUCAAAUUUCUUAGUUCAUAUAUUCAACUUAACUGCUUGUGAAAUAACAUAUCCAUGUAAUGCAAGUAAUAAUAAUGCUUCUAAGGUACGACAUGAUCCUUGUGUAAAAGGAAACGAAUACGACAAAGAGGAGAAACCCGAAAUUAGCCAGAAAAAAUCUGAUGUACAAGUGCAACAACUAGAUAGUGAAGAUGAUCGGUAUAUUAGUGAUAAUGAAGAGGUUUUUAAUGCAAGAAAAGGAGUUCGCCAAGUUGGGAAUCCAUUAUGGUUUAAAAAGCAUGAGGAGCUACUGAAAGUUGCAAUUGCUGCUGGGAUUUCUAUGCCUAAAAAUCCUUUUUUUGUGGCUGAUAUGAAGCCAUAUGUAUUGAACAAAGGGUUCUUGAAUAUUCCUCUGCACUUUGGUCGAAGGCAUCUCAGAUGUAAGCUAAAUGAAUGCAAACUCGUUAAGCUUGAAGCAUAUGAUGGAAGCCAAUGGGAAGUCAAUUGUUUUUUAGACUACAGAAAGAUGGCAUUUCGCCAAGGGUGGAUGAUGUUUGCACGCCAUAUUGGCUUGGAAGCUGGAGAUAUUUGUGCUUUUGAGCUAAUAAAUGCAAAAAAGUAUGUGUUCAAAGUUCAUGUUGCUAAAAGUUCACAAGUCAAGCCUUAUGAAGCUAAACAUGUAUAGGCAAUAUAGCUUCUGAGAAUGUAUCCUAAACAAAUCUCAACUUUGGAGAUUAUUCGGUCUAGUAAUUUGCGGCCGAACACUAAUGAUGUGAUGUUGAAUUCAUGGUUAAGCUAUCACUUUAGGUAUUGGGGUUGGCUCAAGUGGUUAAACUCUCACUUUUGAGAUUAUUCGGGGAGUUGGGGUGUCUGGUUUGUAAUAGACGUUUGAGUGGGAGUCCUAUGCGAGGAGAGCUCAGAGAAAUCUUUCUUACCA